AUGGAUGUUUCAACUAGCAACGGGGGUCAUGAAUGGAGUAGUGAUGAAGACGACGAGUUAAGUAUUGAGGAAGAUGAUGAAACUUAUUUGGAAGAAGAUAACAUGUCAUUAGAUAAUGUGGAUACCUUAACAUUGGUUGAUGAAGAUAUGGGCUCUUUGUCAUCUAAUCUUAAAACUGAUUCAUUGAAAUCUAUAGAUGAAUCUGACUUGGAUUUGGAAGAGGGUGUUGUGACUAGUAGUUACAAAAGAUAUAAUCCAUAUGAGAUGUGUAAAGACUUUAUCUUCAAACUUGGAAUGGAGUUCACCUCGAUUGAUCAAUUUAGGGAAGCUGUUAGAGAUUAUUCACUUAUGAAUGGAUAUGAAACAAUAUAUGUUAAAAAUGAUAGUGUCAGGUGUCGUAUAAAGUGUGUACGUUGUAAUUGGCUAAUAUUUGUAAGUAAAGAGAGGGAUUCGAUGACAUAUCAUGUGAAGACUUAUAAUUCAAGACACACUUGUGGUGUGACCUUUAGUUCUAGGAAUGUUUCUUCUAAAUGGGUGUCAAGAAAGAUUAAAAAUAGAAUGAAGAUAAAUAAGAAUAUGAGUCUUGGAGAUGCGAUAUCUACAAUUAAGGAGGAUUACAUGGUAGAGGUGUCAGUGCCUAAGGCUUAUUGGGCAAGAAGAAGGGCAAAGCAAGAUAUUGAAGGUGAUUUUGUGGAUGAGUACAAGAGAUUAUGGGAUUACAACAAUGAGAUCUUCUCUAAAAGUCCUGGAACUUCAUUUACAAUUUUGACAGAUCGUCCUUUUAUUGAUAGACCACCAAGAUUUAAAAGAUUAUAUCUUUGUUUGGAUGCUGUCAAGAUAGGAUUUUUAGCAGCAUGUAGACCUAUUAUUGGCUUAGAUGGAUGCUUCUUAAAGGGGCCUUAUGGUGGAAUAUUACUAGUAGCAGUGGGACAUGAUGCAAAUGAGCAAUAUUUUCCUUUAGAAAUCGCUGUAGUUGAAGUUGACCUUGCUUCUAAGAGCUGUGCUUGCAGAUGGUGGAACUUGACUGGGAUACCUUGUAGGCAUGCGGUUAGUUCUAUUUAUGUAAAACGAGAAGACCGUUAUGAUUAUGUACAUUCCUACUUGAAGAUAGAUGCUUAUGUUGAGUGUUACUCCCCCGUGGUGAAGCCGAUUAAUGGACAAGAAAUGUGGGAAGCAACAAAUAGGGAGGAGAUAGACCCUCUGUCUUAUCACAGAAGACUAAGAAGACCUCCAAAAUUAAGAAGAAGAGUAUCUGAUGAGCCUUCACAACCUAAUAAGAUUUGA